AUGAACCAAAGAGUCUUCACUGCCCUUUGUGCCCUCUUGACGACGGCCAACGUGUGUGGUGUCAUCAACCAAGAUUCGCUUGAUUUCGGCUUGAACAUUUUUCCGACAGCUGUCUUGGAUCUUGAUAAAGCGAACAGCACAGACACAAAAUGUGUUACAUACAACGGAAAAGAGUUGUGCUCAACGAUCGACUCGUGCUCAAAAUCUAAUUACGUAUGUUAUACGCUCGACGGAGAAAGAGGGCAUCAUUCCUGCAGCUUAUCCGGGGGUUGCAGCUGUACUGCCACAUACGACGGCGAAUCUUGCGAUUGCAGCGUUAACCCCAUGUUGCCAUACAAAGUAUAUGCCGAUAUUCGAUGUGGUACGCACAGUGGACCUUUUGAUGCCACCAAAGUUGUAAAUCUUGACAGUUACACUGCACGGUGCAACGUUCCCGCGGGAUUGUUCUAUCCAUCGUAUACUCACGAUCGUCCGGACGGAGCAAUCUGUACGGAUGGCCGGAGUGGCUUGGCUGCGAUGCCUAGGCUAGCAGUGGAUUGGAAAUGUCCUGCUUUGGAGACACUCACUGAUGAUGGUGGUGUCAUGUCACGCGCCUUCCAACCGGAUCGUGAUUGUACCUGCACGGCGGUAUUCAACGACACCGAAUGCCAGAGUUGCGAGCCCUGUCCUUCGGGCUAUCCAGGAGAUUUUCGGGUGUCAUGUGAUGGAUUCUUUACCGACUGUCAUGGAACAUUCUCCGUUUGGAACGGAAAGGGACCGCAAGCGAGCAGUGACGGUGGGGUCUCUUACUCGGCAUGGGAUUUUGUCCCGCUUAUUGCAUUAGCUCUGAUCACGUCUAUCCUCGCUAUACAGUAG